AUGAAGAAGAAGCAGCCGCUUGGUGUUCUGCUUUGGGUGUGUGUGUGCAGUGUGUUCUGCUGGCAUGACCUGGAUAACAGUGAGUUUGACUGUUGGCCUCUAGACCAACCCAACGAGAACAACAUGAUGGACUGUGGAGGUCUAGAGAUGUCCUGGGUGGUCCGUCCUCCAGAGACGGUGAAGAGCGGUGAGUUCUUCAGCGUCUCGUAUUCAGUGACAGCGACGGACUCCUUCUACCACUGGGCGGUGGAGAACCACAUCUUCUCCCACAGCUCCAUCUCAGAUGCAGCUGCUGCUCGGAGGUUCUGUGAACAUCUGGAUUGUCCGUCCAGCUGGAAAGACGCUGACGGAGAAAACUGCUGCAUCCACCACGCCAACAUCCACUCCUGCCCCCUGGGCCUCAUGACGGAGAGCAUCUGUGGUCCCUGGAUCCCCGACGACGGGAAGAUCUUCACUCACACCAUCUCCACCUCGGGGAAGAUGACCCAGAACAACUGGACCAGCAAGGUGGUUCUGUUCCACGCCGGCUUGACCUCGCUCAUCGCUCACAUCCGGGUCGGCCGCAUGCAGGUCGCCCUGGAGGCCAAGAGCACGGUGCAGCCGGCCGUCGUGUGUGGCGACGGCGCCUGUGAGGAGGCGGAGUUUUGUUCCACCUGUCCGGCCGACUGCGGCGAAUGCCCGAUGACUGCCGCCGGCAAGCUGGCCAUCGGCCUGCCGCUCAGCCUGCUGAGCCUCUGCUUCGGGCUGACGGCCGUGUGGCUCCGGUACCAGCAGAGGAAGCUGCUGUGGGACGAGAGCUGGAUCAUCGACUUCAGCAAGAUCAAACCAGACCAGGAGGGCCGUGUGACCAUGGGCAGCACCAUGAGCGUCCCGGUGGGCGCCAGCGACAGCAACGCCAGCUGCGUGACGGGCCUCAGCUGCAACACGGCGCCGCCGGGGGCCCGGAGAACCCCGUUCACCUGCACGGGGAUCCACGACGGCAGGACGGUGGCCAUCAAGAGGAUCCAGACCAAGACCUUCUACCUGUCCAAGACCAUCAGACAGGAAGUCAAACAAGUCAGGGAGCUCGAUCACCCUAACCUCUGUAAGUUCAUCGGUGGCUGUGUGGAGGUGCCUGACGUUGCCAUAGUAACGGAGUACUGCCCCAAGGGCAGCCUGAGCGACGUCCUGCUGAACGACGACGUGCCGCUCAACUGGGGCUUCAGGUUCUCCUUCGCCACGGACAUCGCCAGAGGGACGGCGUACCUACACCAGCACCGCGUCUGUCAUGGCCGCCUCAAGUCCCUGAACUGUGUGCUGGACGACCGCUGGGUCUGCAAGAUCACCGAUUACGGGCUGAGGUCGUACCGCCGGGACGCCGCCGCCGAGCCGCUCUCGGCCUAUCAGCAGCGAGUCCUGGAGGUCUACCUGCCGCCCGAGAGCCAGAACGCCAACAUGGAGCCCACGCUGGCUGGAGACGUGUUCAGCUACUCCAUCAUCCUGCUGGAGAUCGCCACCCGCAGCGUCCCCGUCCCGGUGGAGGAGUCGAGCCCCGAGAGCUGCUGGUGUCCUCCUCUCCCGGAGCUGAUCUCCAGCUCGGCCGACGGCUGCUGCCCCUGCCCCAACGCCUACGUGGAGCUCAUCCGGCGGUGUCGUUCUCUCAACCCUCUCCACCGUCCGUCCUUCGAUCAGAUCAAGAAGUUGGUCCAGCGGAUCAAUCCGGUGAAAGUCAGCCCGGUGGACAUGAUGAUGACGCUGAUGGAGAAGUACAGUAAACAUCUGGAGGUUCUGGUGGCGGAGCGGACCCAAGACCUGACCCACGAGAAGCAGAAGACGGACCGGCUGCUGUACAGUAUGCUUCCCAAACAAGUCGCUGACGACCUGCGGCAGGGGAAACCGAUGCAGGCCCAGAGCUACGUCAGCGCCACCGUCUUCUUCAGUGACAUCGUGGGCUUCACCCAGCUCUCCAGCAGCAGUACUCCCUACCAGGUCGUAGACUUCCUCAACAAGCUCUACACGACGUUCGAUGACAUCAUCGACAACUACGACGUCUACAAGGUGGAGACCAUCGGAGACGCCUACAUGGUGGUCUCCGGGGUCCCCCAGGAGAACGGGAUCCUCCACGCGGCCGAGGUCUCCAGCAUGGCUCUGGACCUGCUGGCCGUCUGCCGCAGCUUCAGGAUCCCCCACCAGCCCCACACACUGCUGCAGAUACGGGCCGGGAUACACUCUGGCCCGGUGGUGGCCGGGGUCGUGGGGACCAAGAUGCCUCGUUACUGUUUGUUUGGAGACACAGUGAACACAUCGUCCAGGAUGGAGUCCACCAGCCUGGCCCUGAAGAUCCAGUGCAGCUCCAGCACCUUCUACCUGCUGGAGGAGAUCGGAGGAUACCUGCUGGACUGUAGAGGCAUGAUGCAGGUCAAGGGCAAAGGGGACAUGGUGACCUACUGGUUGGAGGGCAAGAAGACGUCUGUGGACCCGGCCGCCCCGCGAGGCCCCUGAAGAGGACUCGUGUGUGUUUACAUCGUGUGAGGAGUAAACAACAGAACCCAGCUUCCUGAAGAGCUUUCAUUAACAUAUUUACGUUGCCGUGGCGACAGCCCAUGGAGCGCGUCACCUUUAUUAUGUGAUGAGACGUGAACUAGACGGGCUGGGGGGGACGUCCUCGUUUCAUCCUCGUAGGCCCGUGUUAGAGUAGAAAUGACCUAUGACCCCAUGUGUGUUGUGUGACAUUAACCUUUGACCUUCUGUGGCUCCUCCAGUCCAAGCAAAAUAAUCAAAAAAUAUCUUUAGAUUUUUGUGAUUAGAACAUUUAAUUUGUAUUGCAACAUGUCUGUAAAUGUGUUUAACAGUGUGUUAUGGGCUCAUCUACACACACACACACACACACACACACACCGGCAGGGCGCUCUCCUGCAGCGUGUGAAGUGCUAAUCGAAUGCGUGCUCACCGCUCUGCAUUAGCAUGAGAGAGACACUUCACAGAGGCUUAGUUACUGAAUACAUCACACGCCUCUGGACCAAUCACAGCGCAGGAAACCAGGCUCUUUGACAUCAAAGUGAAACCAACAAAACAGACGGACACACACACACACACACACACACACCUUUAAGCCAGUGUGGUUCUGUGACGUUUUAUUUUCUUUAACAUCAAUAAAAUGUAGAAGAUCCACAUCUCAGGUUCUUAUUGUCCUCAUGAAGGAGACCAGCAUGUCUCUAUUCUUAUUGUCUUCAUGAAGGAGACCAGCAUGUCUCUAUUCUUAUUGUCCUCAUGAAGGAGACCAGCAUGUCUCUAUUCUUAUUGUCCUCAUGAAGGAGACCAGCAUGUCUCUAUUCUUAUUGUCUUCAUGAAGGAGACCAGCAUGUCUCUAUUCUUAUUGUCCUCAUGAAGGAGACCAGCAUGCCUCUAUUCUUAUUGUCCUCAUGAAGGAGACCAGCAUGUCUCUAUUCUUAUUGUCCUCAUGAAGGAGACCAGCAUGCCUCUAUUCUUAUUGUCCUCAUGAUGGAGACCAGCAUGUCUCUAUUCUUAUUAUCCUCAUGAAGGAGACCAGCAUGUCUCUAUUUUUAUUGUCUUCAUGAAGGAGACCAGCAUGUCUCUAUUCUUAUUGUCCUCAUGAAGGAGACCAGCAUGUCUCUGUUCUUAUUGUCUUCAUGAAGGAGACCAGCAUGUCUCUAUUCUUAUUGUCUUCAUGAAGGAGACCAGCAUGUCUCUAUUCUUAUUGUCUUCAUGAAGGAAACCAGCAUGUCUCUAUU